CAACAAAAUAAUCAAUUAACUACAUCCGCUUAUCAAUUUAGAAAAAGAAAAUUUUUGACCUUAAUCUUAGUAACUAUUGUUUUUUUUCUAUUGACUUUAUCUUAUUUUACACCAUCAACACCUUUUGCUCAAGAAACUGCCAGUAAACAUUAUUCUGUCAUCACCAGAACAACUGAAUUUGUUAUUGAAGAGACUCAACAAAACGAAGAGACUCAACAAAACGAAGAAAAUGAUUAUCUAACGAUCACUACUAAAGAUUAUGAUGGGGAGAUAAAAAGAAAUUUGAUAGCAGAAAAAAUGGAAUUUAAUGAUUUGACAGACAUUACUAGUGAUGAUGGUGAUGAUUGGCAAACUUCAAUGUUAAAAUGGUCUCAAAAUUUAAAUGAUGAAUUAUGUAUAUCGUAUGACUUUCUAGCGAUUCAAGAUUCCUUAACUUUACCAAAUUUAGUCAAACUUCAAAAGAUCCUAUAUUCAAAAACGCAUUUGAUAGGAAACAACAAAAUAAAUAAUAAACAGAAUUUAAUUUGGGGAUCGUUUAGAACAAAUCUAACUGACAAUAUGUUUACUGUUUUAGAAUGGCCAAAUUCAAUCAACAGUAUAUCAUCUAAUAUAGAUAAUGUGAUUGCAAUAGGUAAUAUUUAUCAAGAUUGGAUUAUGACAGAUUUAUCAUCAAGUUUAUCGAUAGAACCGAUAAUACCAUGCAAAUCCAGAAUGAAUUUAAAAAAAAGCAGUACAAUUUUAAAUUAUUACAAGAAUGAUGAUUUAAACAAAAGCUCUAGACAUUCAGUAGCUAUAAUAACAAGCAGCUACUUAUAUGCAGACAAUUGUAUGAAUAUUGCAGCUGCUUUAUCUGCUGAUAAUAAACGUGUUUAUGCUAACAAACAUGGUUAUGCAUUUGUGGCUAGAUCUACAGAAUACUGGCAACAAACAUUCCGUAGACGUCAUAAAGUAUGGGGAAAACUUGAUUUCGUAGAAACUAUAUUACCAUAUUAUGAAUGGUUGGUUUGGUUGGAUAUGGAUGCGAUUGUUGUUAAUCGUACAUUUUCUGUUGAACAAUUCUUUGAAAGUAUUAAAGAAAGAAUGAUUAAAUCAAAUGAUACACGUGAUUUUAAUGAUAUAAAUUUCAUUGUGGCUAGACCAUCUGGUGAUGACAUGAUAAAUGCCGGAGUGUUUUUUAUUAGAAAUACAAAUUGGGGCUUUAGAUUUAUAAGAGCUGUUCAAGGUAGAAUUGAUAGAGCCUACAGAGGAAUGAAAGAACAACAAGCCUUAAGGGAUGCAAUAGCAAAACCUGAAUGGGUAAACCAGAUUUACUAUAUUAAUGAAGAAGAUCAUGUUAUAAACACUUUUCCUGAUCGUUAUUUACCAGGCGAUUAUAUUUUACAUUAUGCACCUGAAGAGGGUUGUCCUGCCAUACCUGUUAUGAAUGGAUUGCAAAAACUUGAAAAACUUGAAACAAUUAAAGAUUAUAAGAUUGAAUUACCAUUUUAA